CGACAUACUCCCGCGCCUUUGUUGUCAGACGGCGACUGUUCAUUUUCGAGCUAGCUAAACUCGUCCGUUUUACAGGAGGAAAACGUAAAAGAAAAAAUGUUUAAAAUGAUUAGUGUUACGUUUUGACGUAGCAGAAUCAUCCCGAAAGUGGGAUCAGUAGCAGAUUGAGUCGAAGAAGUCAGUUGCUAUAAGAGGAAGUUUGACAGAACGAGCAGAAGACACAUGUCGUCUGCAGCAGAGACGGUGGAAAAUGCCUCCAUUAUUUCAGAGAGUGUGGCGCAUGACGGAAACCGCUUGUGGAUAGGCAACAUCGAUCCCAAAAUCACAGAGUAUCACCUGGUGAAGUUGUUGGAGAAGUUUGGCAAAGUAAAACAGUUUGAUUUCCUGUUCCAUAAGUCUGGGCCUUUAGAGGGACAGCCACGGGGCUACUGCUUUGUCAACUUCAGCACCAGAGAGGAGGCAGAAAGGGCGAUCCAGUGUUUAAAUGGGAAGCUAGCUUUGUCCAAGAAGCUGGUCGUGCGCUGGGCGCACGCACAGGUGAGGAGGUUUGAAGGUUUCCGUAACGAUAAGACGAUGCCCCCGAGCCUGGAACCGUCAUGCAGUGGUGCAGCAGAGGAAGGACCCGUAACAGCCAAUCACCUCAGUACGAGUGCUAAAAUCCGCGCCAUCGAGGCCAAGCUCCAGAUGAUGGAGGAGAAUCCAGAUGAUGACUACUCGGGCCCGUCGGCCUACGUUUACAACAAACCGCCAGAGAGGAAACGCUGGGAGCCCUACUCUAAAUCACACCACAAUAACCAGAGCAGGCCCUUCCGCAAGUUUAGGAGAUGACCCCAUCCUCCUGCUCAAUCUGGAGAUCCCCCGCAACCCCCCUUACCAUUUACCACACCUCUGCCCCCCCCUUACACACAAACAGACUCUACACUAGAUACUAUACAGACUUUACACAACCUAUCUGGGAAUAAAAGAUUUUUGAAGUUGUUCAAAAAAUACUUUCAAGACUCUUUUGGGAUUAAUUACAGCAAUCAUGGACAAGUACCGAAAGUGUUUUAGUUAUUUUGGGGUACAGUAUCAUUCAUUAUUGUUUAGUCUUAAAUAUGGCCCAUACCUGACUCCCGUGCAGGUUGGAUCCCUCAUCAGUCUGCUCCCUCACUUCUACAGAGAUUUAACGCAGGUGAAUCAAACAGCGGUGAGUCAUGUUAUGCGCAGUCGCCAUCGGACAAAGAAAUGUUUUAAAGAGUCUAAAUGCUGAUUCUUUUACUGUUUUUGACAUGUGUUUUUACUUUCAGAUCAUAUUAUUUAAAUGAGAAAAAAACAUUUUGUGGGGCGUACUUUUCAGUGUUUGUCUUUAUUCAAGACGCCAAUGAAAAGGAAGAAAUAAAAAGAUUUAUAACAGGUUUGUAUUAAUGGAGUUGAAAUGAUAAGUCACAAGCCACUCAGCAACACUUAGUAUACGUUUUAAGGUUUUGUUUGAAGUUCCCUGUUAUUUUCCUAGACGUUUGCUUUUUUUUUUUUCUUGGAUCCAAUUUUUAUACAACUGCGGUCAAAUUCUUUUUACUAACUUUUGUGUGGUGUAUGGAGUGUGGGAUUUCUCUUGCCACACUCUCUUUAUUUUCAAUUAAAAGUAAUUAAAUAUCUCAUCUGCAGUGUGUUGCUUUAUGACAUUUUAUAGAUUGCUCUCAAAGUACAAGAUUCAAUCAUAUGAGUUGUUGCUAAUAUUAUGGUAGUGGUUCUUAAGAAAUUUAAAAAGCUGCAUUUCAUUAAUGGCAGAUGAUUCAUUAGGAUACUAAUGAAAGCAGGGUUAAAAAACGUAUGGAACCACACAAUCAGAAUCACCACAAUGUCACAACAUUUUUCUGUAAUAAAUGAUAAUCCUGGUUAUUACACCAUCCAUUAUGUUUUCAGGUGCAGUUUACCUUUUUCCCACAGGCACACUGAAUAUUACAUAUUUUUAUUCAUUUUUGUGCAGCUCCCAAAAAACUUGUAAUUAAUUUGAAUAUGUGGUCGGCCUUUUGUAUAUGGAGUUGAUGUGGAAAAUCCAUUUUUAAAAUGUAAAACUUGUUUUUGA